AUGCUGGAUAAAAAUUUAUGUAAAGAUACUCUUGAUCCGGAUCGCGAACUUUUAGUUUGGGAAAAAUGGAUAAAAAUAAGAAAAGAAGAAACCGAACAUUUAGCUCAAAGAACCGGACGUGUUCCUGCUGAUUUAGUAAUGAAUUUAUUAGAAAAUGUCCGCGAAGAUAAGGAGAAAAAGAUAGUGCUUGAACACUCCCAAAUCGAAAAGACAGUAGGUGUUAGGAAUACUUUGUGGGAACAGCCUGAUAGGUUGAAACAAAAGAAUUGCUAUGAUCCAGUUUAUGAAGUACAACGAACUCGUGCUGAACUAGGACGUCCACGUAUUAUGGAGCAUAUCGGAGUUCCACUACAUAUACAAGAAAAAGAAAAGGGAUUAACAGGUGUUUCAAAACGGAAAACAUGUACGAAGUUGGAUUUAACGUACAAUAGUUACAGAGAAAAACGGGAGAAAGACCUGGAAUGCAACAUAAAGAAGAUAUAUCCUUUUCGAUCGGAAAUCAAAGAAAUCGUAGUAGUUGGAAGCAAACCUAAACAUCCCCCAAAAAAACUACCUCCAUUGCCAACGAUAAAUAUUAAAUCCAGUUAUGAAACUCACGAGGAUGAUUGUACAAUAUAUGCUAUUAAAAUAAACAAUACAAUACUUUUAAAAGACGCUGAAAGUUAUAGACUACAUCAUUUAGUAGAAAUGCAAAACGAAUCUUGGCACGAACAAUGUGAUUCUUGGUCAUAUUAUUUUAAUUGUCCAGUUAACAAAGUCGGAAGAAGUAAAAUAUUUUUACAUAACCUUGGAACGGUAACUCUUAGGUACUGUUGGAAAAAAAUUAAGGCGCCUUAUGAAGAUACACAAGAUCCAGUAUUUUUCUUUAAUAAGAACGAAAAUGUUAUUUAUCCCGGCCAAAAGCAAGAAGUUUUGCUUACUUUUAUUUGUAGUUUACCCGGGAGCUACAGUGAGAGUUUUGAAAUAAAGUUCUUAAACGUUUAUUUCCUUGAUAAUCCAUCCAAGCGACAAAUUAUUAUUAAUUUGUAUGCCGAUGGAACAGAAAAUGUAGUAAAAAUUAAAAAGAAAAUAAAAAAACUGAAAAAUAUUAUUUAUAAUAAUGUCUUGAAAAAUUUAGCCAUAGAUAUAUUGGAUGAAAUAUUCAUGAAAGCUACGAGCGUAGAGCCGCAGAUAUAUCCUUACAAAAAAUUCUUUUUGGAAGCGGAAGUGUUUAUUAUGAAAAAUCCUGUUUGCUUCUAUCACCAAACGGAGGUGUUAAAACUAAGAGAGAUCUUUUCAGAAAUGGCUCCAAAGGAAUCGUGGGAUCUUUCCAUUUCAAGUUGGAGGUUAAUAAUGAUGACAAAACAAUUUGAUGAUAGAAUGAAAUAUUAUGAGAUGCUGAGAAUAUCUCAUAGAGAAUGCUUAAAGCCUUGGUACGAAGAUGAUGAUCUUCCAAAGAAAAAGUACACAGUUGUUAAUCAACUUCUCGGUCAAAUGGCUGACAAAAUCGACGAAGAAUAUGCUCGUUUGUUUAAAAAAUUAAAUGAGGAUGAUCAAAGUCAAGAAAGACUAAUGAGUGAAAGAUCUUUACAAGAACGAUUGCAGAAUAUCACAUUAUCACAAGAUGCAAAAAAUACGUUUUAUCUUCACGUACAUGAACAUGUUGCGACUACAAUGGGAUUGUGUGCUGGAUUUCUUAGUAGUUUAGAUAUGGAUAGAUGGAUUAAUUUUGAUUUUUGCCAAACGUAAACAUAUUUUUAAACUUU